AUGAUUCCCGACUGGAUCAACGCUUUCGCCGCCCAGCAUCCUCUAGGUGCUGUAGGUGCCACUGCAAGUCCCACUGCAAAGAAUAGACCGUUCUCAGCUUGGAGUGCACUCGACGACGUGAAGACCAAGGCCGACGACAUUGCCCACGAGGCGAGCCGGGAAUUUAAUGCCGCAAGCCAGAAGGCCCAGGAGAAGACCGGCAAGAUCGAGCCUGGCUCUCUGAAGUACUACACAGCUUGUACAUUUGGCGGAAUGAUGGCAUGUGGCCUUACCCACACUGCCGUGACACCCCUCGAUCUGAUCAAAUGUCGCCGCCAAGUCGAUUCGAAGCUCUACAAGAGCAACCUACAAGCCUUCCGCACCAUCCGCGCAGCUGAGGGUAUUCGUGGCGUCUUCACGGGCUGGAGCCCUACCUUCUUCGGCUACAGCGCCCAAGGAGCUUUCAAGUAUGGAGGAUACGAGUACUUCAAGGUCUUCUACAGCGACCUGGUCGGCCAGGAAAACGCAAGCCGGUUCAAGACUGCCAUCUACCUGACAGCCAGUGCCUCGGCAGAGCUCAUCGCAGAUAUAGCGCUGUGUCCAUUUGAGUCUGUCAAGGUCCGCGGCCAGACUACCAUUCCCCCUGAAAUCACAGGUACUUUCAGCGGUAUCUCGAAUGUUGUUGCUAAGGAGGGCGUUGCUGGUCUAUACAAGGGUCUUUAUCCACUGUGGGGCCGUCAAGUUCCCUACACGAUGAUGAAGUUUGCUUCCUUCGAGACCAUUGUUGAGAUGAUCUACCACAAUCUUCCAGGUCAGAAGUCCGACUACAACAAAGGUGCCCAGACUGCCGUUGCGUUCUCUGGUGGUUACCUCGCUGGUAUUCUGUGUGCUGCAGUAUCUCACCCUGCCGAUGUCAUGGUCAGCAAGUUGAACGCGAAUCGACAGGCGGGUGAGGCAUUUGGCGCUGCUAUGAGCCGCAUCUAUGGUGACAUUGGCUUCCGGGGAUUGUGGAAUGGACUGCCCGUUCGUAUUGUGAUGAUCGGUACUUUGACUGGACUCCAAUGGAUGAUCUAUGAUUCAUUCAAGAUCUUCAUGGGUCUUCCUACCACCGGUGGCGCAAGCGAAGACAAGAAGACGAACUAG